UGUCCCCUCACACGAUUUCGGUUUCAAUUUAUUUCUCCCUUUCUUUAUUAAAACAAUCAUCACCUAAACCUCCACCGUCAUUAGGAUAUUUAAUUCAAUAACUUUACCAUGAAUGAAGUGAUGAGAAAAAGUGAUCAGUGUGGCAGAGAAAUAUCGACUAAAUCGUGCUGUUUGGAUUGAGUUUUUCGUGCAGUUGUGAUUUUUAGGUUAAGACGCAACCUUGGCGUUGCGUGGUGGCGGGCUGUGUUGGGGUGCACGCAUGAUAGCGUUGCUCACCUUGUUUAUUGUAACGAUAAGAUGAAUUUCACUGAAGUUCACGGGAUUCAGGGACUGCCACAAUUUUCGGAAUUAACGUCAAGGCCAAAUUCAGUAUCUAGUUCGGGUUAUACGGGGAGUUUGGGACAUCAGAGUGGAGGACAAAAUAGUGUUUAUACGACUGCUGCUGGAUCUGAGCAUGGAAAGCAAAAUUCAUUGACAAACGGAGCAAACAAAUACGCAGGAUCCCUCCUGCCGUGGCCUAACCCAAACGCCCUAAUGCAAUUGUGCGAGAAACAAGGCCUUCAACCCCUGAACAUCCCGAACUACAGUCAGAAUAAUUCUCUGCUGGGUGGUCAGUCCAGUGUCAACAGUCUGCGGCUCCUUCCAAACAUGUACCUCCCCCCGACCUCGCAGCCAGACUCUCCCACAGUUAAACAAGAGGACAUGAGGAGCAGUGAGGACUCAGGGAACCCGAUUAACGACUCCUCAGCUCACAUUCAGCAGCAGAGCGCAGCAAUGGCUGAAUACCUGCAGAAGCUCCAGGCCACAACAUUACCCCUGACCCUGCAGCAGCUGAUUAAACUCCAGGGUGAUCCUGUUAAACGUGAGGAGUACAAGGAGGAGAAGUCUGAUAACCCCCAGAACAAUAUCCUCAACAUCCCAAGUGUGCCAAAUUUUAGAAAUAAUAGCUCUCAGAACGGCAACUACAUGAACUCCGAUCAGAUGAUGCCGGAGAUCAAUCCCAUCGAUCUGAAUGUACAUAUAGAUGAGCAUGAGACUACCCAGGGCACCCAGCAGAGUGUUCCUCAAGGACAGAAUGUCAAGGUGGAGCAGCAGGUGCAGACGGAUUCCCCGAAGGUCGAGAAGAAGAUGAAAUUCAGGGCGAAAGUGGGGGAGAUUAAGAUUGCCAUGGCACUCGAUGGCUCCAUGCUCUAUUGCUGUCCUGAAUGCACACUGGCGUUUGCUGAGAAAGCGGAAAUUGAACAGCAUAUUCAGGGACAUGUGCAGGAGCGAAAAUAUCAGUGCAAAGAAUGCGGCGCAAUGUUGAAGAGAAAAGAGCAUCUGGAUCAACACAUGAGAGGCCACUCAGACGAGAGGCCCUUCAAAUGUCCAGUGUGUCAAAAGGCAUUCAAACGAAAUGAACACUUGACCAGGCACUACGUAAUUCACUCUGGUGACAAGAACUUCACCUGCACAGUCUGUCAAAAAGCCUUUUCCCGAAAGGACCAUCUGAACAAGCACACACAGACCCACCUGGGCAUCAGGAAAUCCAAAUCCAAGAAGGAGUCGAGUCUCCCUGAUACCUCCAAAGACAAUGCCGACACGAUAAUGGACAUUCCCAAGCAAGAGCUCAGCUUCUUAUUGAAAGAUGGAAAUUUCAUGAAGCAAGACACAACAUUCCUACAGCACAUACAAAACCUACAGAAGGAUCAACAUUUCAUUCAUACGUACUCUGCCUUCAAGGAGCAAAUGAAGGAGGGAAUACAUCAGCAACAGGCUGUUAAUAUGAACGAAAUAUUGCCCCAGAAUACGAGGUAUCUGAUGCCAUCUUAGUUUUAGUUGAGAAUGAUUGUAAUUAUGUAAGCGAAAGGUUUUCAUUUCUGUAUUAAACUGGCAAAACGUGAUAUCCAACGACUUAUCACAUUAUUCUAAUUAUGGAUUUAUUUUCGGGAAGAGUGACUUGAAGGGGAAUUAUUGAAAAACAUUUUUUGUGGAUUUUCUCAGCUACAAAAAUGAGCUUUUGACAUUUUCUCUUUUUUAUCCAGUUUUGUUCAACUUCUUACGUUUUACCAUUUUCGUACAGAUUUUAAUUAACUUAUUGGAUGGUUUUGGAAUUGAAAAAUACUUAAAACGUUUCGAAAAGACUCGAUAGAAUAGUAAUAAGAGGUUAAUUUCUGUAUUAAACGCAAAGGGUGGUAUGUUGGCAAAUCACACUCUUCAUUAUGGAUUUAUCUCCGGAACGAGAGUUGCAAAGGGAAAUUAUUCACAGACAUUUUUCGCGGGGAAUUUUCACAGCUGCAAAAAUAAUCUCUUGGCAUUUUCUCUUUUUUUUUCUUUAGUUUCAUUAAACUUCUUACGUUUCAUCAUUUUUGUACCGAUUUUAACUAAAACAUUUAUUAAAACGUUUUGCAAGUAAAAAAAUACUUGAAACGUUUGAAUGAAGUGACAAAAAAUCAACUGAAUAUGAAUCAGAGUUUCAUUUCUGUAUUAAACUGGCAAAACGUGAUAUAUUGGCAAAUCAUAUUCUUCAUUAUGGAUUUAUCUCCAGAACGAGAGUUGCAAAAAGAAAUUGUUUACAGACAUUUUUCGCGGGGGAUUUUGACAGCUGCGAAACUAAUCUCUUGGCAUUUUCUCCUUUUUUUCUUUAGUUUCGUCAACUUCUUACGUUUCAUCAUUUUUGUACAAAUUUUAAAAAUACUUAAAACAUUUGAAUGAGUUAACAAACACUCAACAGAAUAAGCAUAAAAGUUUAAUUUCUCUAUUAACCUAGAAAAAUGGAUAUGUUGGGUAAUCACACCCUGAAUUAUGGAUUUGCCUCCAGAACGAGAGUUGCGAAGGGAAAUUAUUCAUACAUUUUUCACGGGGAAUUUUCACGGCUGCGAAAAUAAUCUCUUGACAUUUUUUCCUUUUUUUUCUUUGGGUUUCAACUUCUUACAUUUCAUUUUUGUACAAAUUUUCAUUGAAAACUUAUUGGAACAUUUUGUAAUUAAAAAAAACAAACGUUUGAAUGAGGCAACAAAGACUCACCAGAAUAAGACUAAGAGUUUCAAUUGAACUGAAUCGAUGGUUGAUGCUCCUAAAAUAAUAGAACAAACAAGAAAACCACUCGACUGGUUUUUUUUCCAAUGGUAAUGAGUGCAUAGAGAAUUGUCGGAUUAGUUUUAACCUCUCGCAUAGUACUAAUAGGAUAUCAACUAAGUUUAGAAAUUUGCCUUAAUCAAGAAUCAACUGUUUUUUAAGUUCCUCGGAGUAAUGAAUCUCUGAUACGAUAGAUGAAAAUGACUGCGUGAUUAUCGUGAGGGGCUGUGAAUCAGCUACGUGUUCGAUUGAUUUCAUUAAUCGCUCAAGCAGAACAUUCAAUGUGCCAGUAAUUAGUACGUAUCGGUGAUGAUGUUUUUUUUAAGCGACUAGUUCUACCCAUUCACACAAUCAGUAAUUUCUCCCCCAAAAAAUUGUGGAUUUAAUGGUUUUUAUUGAUUAAAGAAACGACUGUCUGGACACAUCACGUGAAUAGGUCAUUGGUAGACUAGCUUUAAAACAUUUAUCAAUUAUUUUUUAUCAUUACUUCUAGUCUGCUAGUCGCAAGAGUGAAAUUAAUGUUGUGAAUGAAUUUGUGAGAUUAGUAAUUUUCGUGUAAUCGUGAUUAGGCAGAGGUGUACUUAGAGGAACGAAUAUGCGAACAAAUUUUUUUAUUCCGAAACUUUUUUACUUGUAUUUUUGGAGAAUUGGGGUUUUGUAUUUUUUUUAUAGUGGAAUAUGGAAAUUCAAUUGCAGAUUUUAGAUACAUUCUGGUUUUUUAUUUGGAAGAAUGACAGAUUCAUGAUUUACAGGCAAUUAAAAAUAUGUUUAUUAUGGUCGCGUAUUUUUGCAAAUUGUCUGUGACUUCUUGAUUCUUCGAAAUUAGCAAACCUUUAACUUUUCUUAUUUCCCUGUUUUAUUCUAUAAUUUGUUGUCUUAUAAAUGGUGCAUAAUUCUUCAUUUACAAUAAAAAAAUAUCGGAAUUAUGAUUUCAUAAUCUCAGUUAUUCUCAUUGCCUACAAUUUUUUGAGUUUUUAUGAAUUUCAAAACAACAAAAUUGCAAAUAUUUUCAUGGAAUUCUCGUAUUUCAUUGUUGUAUACAAUAUAACAUCUAAUAUUUUUCAAUCCAAUUUUCGUAUUCCAUCAUUUCAUCAACAAAAAAUCAUGCAAAAACCUAAUUAUCACAAAUAAUUGAUUACAGGUAGUUGAAAAUUAAUUGUAAAUAUAAAAAUUCGAAAAUGGAGAUAAAUAAGGGAGAAAUAUUCUCAUCUGAUCACUCAUUUUGUACUAAAAGAAUUGGAAAAUCAUAUAAUUGUCAAUGAAAUUUUCCAUUAGAGUUAGAAAUCCCAGUGGAAUAACUUCCAGAUUGAAUCGAGAUGAUGAAUAUUUUGAAAAGGAAUUCAAACAAAAAUGAUGUAUUAUUUUAUUACAAAAAUUUGUCCAGUGUAACAUUUUCAUACACUCGAUUUAAUGAUUUCAUCUGAAAUUCCAUAUCAUAAAGGUGAACGAGUGAAUUUUCCUUUUCGAGGGGCUAUAAACUGCUUGUAGGCUCAUUUCGAUGAAAUAAUGCGCCUUAAUAACGUCCUAAGGAAUAUCGCACGCGAUAGAACCAAAGACUCUGCUCAUAUUAACACCAGUAUUUGUAUCUUCAAUCUUCCAAUUCUCCAGUUAUCCUCCAGACUUAUGAAUAAUUCAUUAACAAUUAGUUUGAAUUUUCCAGAUGAACAAGAUAAAAAUGCAAUGCGUACACCUUUAGGUAAAUUUGAAUACUAAAAAACAAUUCAAUAUCUAGGAUAAUAACAAAUUGUUAUGUAUAAUACGCCGAUUGCCAAAAAAAAGGGGAAAACGAGUUAAGUGUAAGAGCGAGAUGAUAAAUUACAUGUAUUUUUCAGACCGAAAUAUUUUUUAAUAAAAUAAAUGUAGUAAGAAAACAUAA